AGGCGUGCAGCAGAGCCCGAUAAAUGCCACACAAAAUCAAUGUGGGCCUCGUGGCGCUGGCCGCUCUGGCGGCGACUGUGUUAGCCGACCCUUCGGUGGACCGGCGGGCCAGCAUGGGGUUCAUGGGCAUGCGGGGCAAAAAAGACCGCGACCAGGGCGGUGGAGGCAGCGGCGGAGACGAGACUUCGGCCGCGGUCGACCUGGACAAGCGGACCAUGGUGUUCCGGCGCCCGAUGUUCGACGGCGGCAGCAGGCCCGUGGUGUUCGGCGGCGGUUCGGCGGAGGGCUUCAAGCGGGCCAGCAUGGGGUUCAUGGGCAUGCGUGGCAAGAAGGACUACUAUAGCAAUAAUAAGGGCUCGGCGGCCGGAUUCUUCGGCAUGCGCGGCAAGAAGGUUCCGUCCGCGGACGCAUUCUACGGCGUCCGUGGCAAGAAGUGGUCGGACCACGAUGACGCCGUCGACGCGGACGUCCAAUGGUCUCCGAUCUAUAUCCUGUACAGGAUCAUCGACGAACUCAAGUCGGACCUUUCGAACCGGGAGCGAAAUUUGGUGGCGGCUAAAUUCGACGAAGAAAGAGAAAUGCGUUGAAUUUUAAUUUAUUUUUUUAAUAAUAUUACCGUAGCAUGAAAUUAAUACCUACUAUAUAAUAUGAGUUUUGCUAUUUAAAAUUGUUUAAGAUGACUUAUUUAGUAGUUAAUAUCUAUGACGUUAAAUAAACAUUUUAUUGAUUGUAUAAAGGAACUACAUAAUAACUAAUUUGUUUGUCUACAUUAUAUUAUUAUAUUAGAUAAUUAUAUUAUAUUAUAUUGUUUACAACUAUUAAUUCCGCGUUUUAUUCUAUCCAUUUAAUUUGUCAUCUGAAGGAAAAAAAUAUAAAUGUUAUGAAUUAU